CUAUCACUACUGUCAGCGUGCACCAACGGUUUCUCUGUUCGUUAUAUUUCAAAUCAGGCUGGGCGCGCGGCUCGCCGUUAUUCACCGUUAUAUUAGCCGAUGUGCGCUCGAGCUCCCUGUCGUGAAGGGCUCUGCAUUUUGGCAGUUUUGUCGAUUUGUUUUCUUUAUAAACCCCAAGUUUAGGUUCCGUUGAGGUUUAGGUCACAGUGAACCGGACCGAUGACUACGCCGCUGCCGCCGCCGCCGCCUCGCGCGUGACUCGCACCGAGCCUUCGCCGACAUGCUGCCGGGCUCGAUCCAGAUCACGGGCGAGGCGCUGUCUGGGGCGGAGAUCCGGGAUAUCUGUGAGAGUCUGAAGGAGAACAGUGUGCGGCUGCUGUCCGUGCGGGGCUGCCAGCUCUCGGACCGGGACUUCGGCCGGGUGUGCCGCGGCGUGUCCGAGUCGCGCUCCCUGGCGCAGCUCAACCUGAACCUCGGCGUGGUGUCCAGCAGCAGCCGCGCCAAGCAGCUCGCGGACGCGCUGGAGGCCAACAGAUCCAUUCAGACCCUGUUUCUGCAUGGAAGCCCUCUUUUAGAUGCAGGGUUGGUCACCCUGAACACAGCGCUGUCGACUCACCCCUCACUGGUGUCCUUGGAUCUGGGGGACUGUAUGCUCGGAGAUGAAGCAGUUCAGCUGAUCUGUGGCAUGUUGCCUCCUGAUGGAGCCAAAUCUGGUCUUAGGGAGUUGACACUAAGUGCAAACCCUGCAAUUACCACCAAGGGCUGGGCUCGACUGGCCAUUGCUGUAGCCCAUAGCUCCCAGCUACGUGUCCUCAAUCUGGACUACAAUCCCUUAGGGGACCAGAUUGCAGGAAUGUUGGCUGUUGCUGUAGCUUCCAGCCGGACUCUUGAAGUUCUAGACUUGGAGGGGACAGGGCUCACAAAUCAAUCAGCACAGGUCUUCCUGGACAUGGUGGAGAAUUACCCCACAUGCUUGCGUGUGCUGGUGCUGGCUGAGAACGCCAUCAGCCCCGAGCUGCAGCAGCAGAUAUCCGACCUGCUCUCUGAGGGUGAGGAUGAUGACGAGAAGGACGCUGAAGCCCGUGGAAGAUCUGUAGCCCCCCGAGAGAAGCCCGCUUGGCUCCCUCACAGCAACUCCAACUCCCAGAUGGUCCUGAUGGCAUCAGGACUGGGUGAGAGCUUUUUGGCAGAGACAGAGAUGUGAUAACUGGAGCUGCCUUUGGUUUUAGGUUUGCACCGCGCACCGCUACCGCCAGACCACCUGUUAGCGUGCAACCACUCACUCUGCAUGACCUGUAGCACUUAGCGGUAGACCGUUUGAAGCUGGCACAAAAUCAAACCUCGAUCACCAAGUGACUUAUAAUACUCAAUAGUGAAUUAUUUAUUUUCCAGAUGUACAGAAGUACUAUUUAUAAGUAACUAUUUAAGCAACUACAGUAUCCACAGUCUUCAUUUGAUCAACCAAGUAGGAUUGUUGUGAUGGCCUGAUGUAUAAAUAAAUCUAUUAACAUCUUUUUUAAAUGCUUUGUCAUGUCCAGAACUGUGUCAGUUUCAUCCUGAACAUGAUUAAGUUGAAGAUAAAGGUUAAAAUUUGAGAGCGCCUUUUAAUCGCAUGGAUUUUUCUGAAGGAAUGUACGUGGCAGGUGUCUGCCCUUAUUGCAAUGAGAGACUCUCAGCUCAUUUGACAUUCUGUAGUGUACAAGAAUUAUAUUUUGGCAAGCAAAUCGACCUUUAAUAUGGUCAAAUGAAAAUGUAAUUAAUUUUGGCCAUGCUCUUUUUGGGUAUUUCCCCAUUCCCAUUGUGAUGCUGGGUGGCACAGGUAUCUCCCAAAUGAUUUAUCAGAGUUGGGGAUGCUGUGCUUUCCUCUGAGUGCGUUACCUGCCUCGUGGUGCUGCAUUGUUGGCAGUGUAAAAAGAGGUGGUGGUGGUAACGUUCCAUUUAUCAGAGGAGGCAUGUGCUUGUGCUCCAAGUGAUAGGGAGUCCCAGUGAUAUGAUGGGUUAAUCGACCAAGCUAAAUUGAGGAGAAAAUUUGAUAAAAAACACAAGGGGGGGAGUGGGAGCAACCUUACCCAUCAAUUGUGUGAAUCAGUUAAUGAGUUUGUAUAUUUGGAUGGUUUUCCUCUUAGUUUGGUUUAACCUCCUCCUUUUGUGGAUUUUCACACCUACAAAAUCAUCAAAAAAGGGGAAUAAAAAUAUGAAGUGAGAAAAGACCCUAAGACUCCUGGCCAAUGGGUGAGUGAUGACUGAUCCGCUACACACCAUCAGGAAACAAACCGGCAAUCCCCCAGUGUACAAUUUUUCAUUUAUUGCCUUUUUAAAAUGACUGGCAUUUUGUCUAAGCAUUUGUUACUUGUUUCAUUUCAUUGGAUUUUUUUGUCAUGUUAAUCAUUUGACUCAUUUUAAGCAUUAUGUCUUUAUGUAAUUUUACUAAAUUAUUUUAUUAUUAAUAAAUAAUAAAGCUGUAGAUUAAAUUUACUUGCCAAGAUAUUUUUUCAGUGCAGUGCUGAUGAGUUCAGAUGAGGUCAGUUCUUCUCAAAUGCUGUUCCCAUUUUCUCUGAGAUGUCAGAUCAUGCCAAGUAUAUGUCUACACACCGACACCAUACUGGUGUUCUUGAAAUCGUCUUAAAAAAGGAUGAAUUUCUCCUGAUAAUGGUGUCAUGUUUCAGUGCUGUUAUGCUGCUAAAACAGCUCCUGUGCAAAGCUGAUUAUGCUGUUUAUACCAUUUCAGGACAACUGUGAUCCGAUUAAAGCCCUUUUAUUCCAA